UGUUCGAAUUUUUUGUUGGGGCGACAUAUGUACUUGUCAUUCGUUGUAGCUUUUCCGAAACAUUGGAGUCCGUUUGCGUCCGAUUAAUGUGUGUAUAGAAGAGUUGUAUAAAAAGGCAACAAGGAUGUCUGCGAGGAGCACCAAUUCUGUGCAGGUGAGCGUCAAGGUGCGUCCUUGCGGACCCAGCCAGAAGUCCCUUUGGCAGGUGAGGGAGGGCCGCUCGAUCCACUUGGCGGAGAGCCACGCGACUCCUCAAAUCUUCGACCAUGUCUUCGCCGAGGGAGUCAGCAACCAGGAGGUAUUCGACCGGACGGCCAGGCACAUUAUGCACGCCUGCCUGCAGGGCUUCAACGGAACUAUUUUUGCCUACGGCCAGAAGUCGUCGGGGAAAACGCACACGAUGUCGGGCGACGGCCAGCAGCCGGGUAUUAUGGUGCUCUCCGCCAAGGAGAUCUUCCAGCAGAUCGCCAGCGAGCCGGACCGCGACUUCCUGCUGCGCGUUGGCUACAUCGAGAUCUGCUGCGAAAAGAUCUGCGACCUGCUGAACAAGAGGAACAAGGACCUCAGCAUCCAAGAGUCGGUCAGUGGGAUCGUUAAGGUAAACUGCGAGGAGAGCUUCGCCAGCAGCGAGGACGACCUCCUGCGGCUGCUCGGCGUGGGCAGCAAGGAGCGCUCCAACCGAUCGCACGCCAUCUUCCGGAUAACCAUCGAGUCCCGGAAGUCUGACCGUAGCGAUGACGACGUCGUACUCCAGAGUGUUCUGUGCCUGGUGGACCUGGCGGGAUCGGACACCAAGGAGACUGGCCUACUUGCCCUCGGCAACGUUAUAAAGAGCCUGUCCGAGAACGUGGACAGUAAACUAAUCAACUUUCGCGAAUCCAAGCUGACGCGCGUUCUGCAGUCUUCGCUGGGCGGCAAUGCCCUGACUUCCAUAAUCUGCACAAUUAAGCCCACCUUCAUCAAGGAGACCGAGGCCACGCUGAACUUCGCUGCGCGUGCCAAGAAGAUUGGUAUCAAGCCCCAGGUCAAUAAGGCUCUAUCCUUGGGCUCGAUGAUGAAGCAGUUGGAUAGCGAGAUCAAGGCUCUGAGGGAUCAGCUAGCAGAGGAGGAGGGCAAGAGCGAGAGCCAGCUGAAGGUGCAGGAUCUGGACCGACGCAUCAAGUCCGGCAUGCUCAAGAUCAUUUCCAGCGCAUCGCUGAACGAGCAGCGCCUUCAAAAACGGCGACGCACUUUUACCUGCGGCUCAGAAGGGGAGACUGCCGCGGCUGCUUUGCCCGUUCUGCCAGAGGAGUCUCGUCUGCCGCGACCGACAAAGAUCUCCCAACUACCGAAGCCCAAGCACUUCCCAACCUCUAACUUUGCUCAUCGACGGGACACGGCGUUCAAAGGCGUCGGCGGGUAUAAAUCCCUCAAGGAAGAAUGCAUUUCAGCCAACAAUGUUGGGGCAAAGGCGGCCAUUCAAAUACCUUUAGAAGUCAGUAGGAGCCCCAAAAAGGAUCAGGAGUCCGUUGAAAAGUGCGAUGCCCUGCAGGCCGAGAUCUCAGCUCUUACUGCAUCCAACCAGGUAGCGAAUGAGAGGAUCGAAGAGUACGAGGAGCAGAUGAAGACGCUGAAGGAGACCAUCGCGCGGCUGGAGAUGGAGAAGAGCGAGGCGGUGAACCUCGGACUGCGUUUCGAGUCGCACAAGACCAAGUCGAAGCAGGUGGAGGAGGAGCUGCUCUCGGCGCUCUCCGAGAGGGACUCGACCAUCGAGGGGCUGCAGCAGUCGCUCAAGGAGCUGUCCCGCGAGGUGCUGCUCAACAGCAAGGAGGACCAGAUGCGCUCCAUGUGCCCCGAGCUGGAGUCCAGCUGCGAGAGGAUCUGCAACAAGUGCCACGAGCUGGAGGGCCUCCUGCCCGUCGCGGACGCCACGGAGCUGGAGAGGAUCGCCUGCCAGUGCGACCAGCUGCGCUCCGAGAUCGCUGCCACGCGCAUCAAGUUGGAGAGCGUGCAGGAGGCCUUCAGCCAGGCCAGUUGCGAGGUCUCCCAAAAAACCAGCGACUGCGAACGGCUCACCCGACAGGUGUCCACCGCCCAGGACGACUUUGGCUUGCUGCAGGUCAGGUACAACAGCCUGGAGCAGCAGUGGCAGGGCCAGCAGCUGGCCAUCGCGACCAUGCAGGCGGACUACCAGGCCAUCCAGCAGAAGUACCAGAAGCUGCAGGAUGCGUACGAGGAACUGGGCCAGAAAUCUGACGAUCAGUGCCGGCAGCUUCAGCAGGACAACACGCGUUUGCAGGGCGAGAUUGGGACCCUCAAGGAGCGGGUGGAGGAGGCCCAGCGCAAGCUUAUGCAGGCUCCCGAUCACGAGGCUUCGGCGAAGGAUUUUAAGGCAGAAAACGAAAGGCUGAAGGUAAAUCUCGAGGAAUUGGAGGCACAGUUCAAGGGGAUUCAGCAGGAGUACGACAGCCUCUCCAACCAGCUGGUCGAAAGUAUCCAGGAGAACGACGCCCUGCGGGAGGAGCUAAAGCAUCGGCCCGCGAGGAACUUCGACGUGGAUUCCAUGAAGAGCUCCGGCGUGGGCACCGAGUGCAGCGAACCGGAGCACGAGUCCGAUCCAGGCAGCGAUCUUCUGCAGCAGUUUGUCCAGCUGCUGGAGUCCGUUCAGCAGAUCGAGCUUCAGCACAACUCCGCCCACAGCCGCCUCUUCAGAGCCAGCCGUCUUGAACGGACUCAGAUUGUGCCAUCCUUGAAGCUUUGUCUCGGGUCAGCGGAGUUCAUCGAGGGCGACACUGCGCAGCUGGACGACUCCGUUUGCCUUAAGGGAUUCCUGAAGCGACUCAGGUUUCGAAUUGUGAGAUUGGGUGAGGAGCAGCAGAGUAAGGAUGUAGUCUUCCAACUGGAGCAGGACCUCAUAGAGAAAACAAUGCAAGUGGAGGCGGCGGAGGAUACCAUCAACCAGAUGAGUGAGCAGAUACAAAGCCUGGAGGCUGCUUUAUUGGAAAAGAGUAGUGUAGUUAGCAUGGUGGAAGAUUACCAGCUUAAGAUCGACUCUCUGGAGAAACAAAAUGCAGAGCUGCAGGAUAAAAUAGCCAAGGAGAGUCCGACGAGCGACAGUCUGACCGAAGGGGAUACCCUAAUAGGCGUGCCUGAAUCUCCCCGUGAAGACGAACGGGAAUUGCAGGAGGUGGCCUCACUUAAGGCAACCCUCGCAGAGCUGCGAGCCAAGGUGUGUGAUCUCCAGAGCGAGCUGGAAGGCCAGCUGAGGCAGAUGCAGCUGAAGGACGGAAACAUUGCCAAGAUGCAGAAGGAAAUCGAGGAAAUGGGCAAGCGCUGCUCGUCAACGGGGCUAAGACUUGUGGAGCUGGAGGAGGAUGUCCGGCAAAAGCAGGAUCUGCUAGAUCGUCAGACUAAGAAGCUUUCCGAUGGCAUGAUCCUCAUUGACCAGCUUCAGGAGAGGAAUGCGCAACUCGAGGACCGCAACAUCAAGGCAGAGGAGUCUCUGAAAAGGAAGGAAGAACUGGAAAAGGAGAAGUGGAAGCAGGCAAACUUGUCCUCCGAACAGAAGAAGCAAAUCGAAGAACUUGAAGAGUCAUUAGGUAGGGCAAAGGAAGAGCUAAGGAAGCUGGAGAAGGUAAAGACGGAUGAGAUCAACGCUCUGCAGCUGGAGUUUAUGGUGAAAUUAGAGGAGAGCGAGAUCGAGAACCGCUCGAAAUUCCGCAGUUACAGCCUGGAGUUGGAGGAGAGCAAGGAAGGCUAUGACAAAACUAUAGCCACUUUGAAGGAGCAGCUUUCGCUGGUCGGGGAGGAACUCUCCAGCGUUACGGCUCAGUGUCAGGAGGAGCUAAAAGCGAUUAAGGGCGCUCUCGAGGAGAAGAUUACCCAGGCUGAGGAGGAGAGGAAGACCUUGGCUGCUCAGCACCAGGAAGAGCUCGAGAAAAUCAAGGGAAUGGUAAAAGAAAAGCUGGAGGAAGCCGAGAGGAAGAAGGCCAAUCUUGAAGUCGAUCACAAGGCGGAACUGGAAAAGCAGAAAGUGGAGAAGCAGGAACUGGAGAAGCUUUACCAGAAAAGCCAGGGAGAACUGCAGACUCAAUUGCGCACUCGAGAGCAGAACAUCUUGGAGGCACAAGGCGGAGCAAACGAGAAGAUCGAGGAGCUCCAGACAAAGUACGACCAGCAGGUGUUGGAAUUGGAUAAACUGAAACAGGAGAAGAUGGUUCUGCAGUCGAAGAUUCAAGAUGCCAAUGCGCAGCACUCGAGUACCGUGAAUAACCUGGUAAAACUUGAGACAGAGAUGGCGAUCCUUACUAAGCAAAAUGUGUUGCAGAAAUGUCAUUUUGAGGAGAAGAUGGAGACUUUUAAGCUCAAGAUCAACGAUCUCGAGGAAGCACUGCAUGGUGCUAAACUCAAGCUUCUGCGCCACGAAGAAAUGGUUUCCCAGCAUGAGCAGCUAAAGAACUGUCUCACGGAGGCAAACGAAUCUUCGUGUAAUCUGCAAAAGAAGGUGGAGCGCCUCCGUGCGGAUCUACAAACUUCCCAGCAGGAAACAUCCAAUCGAGCUGCGGAAAUUGAAAAGCUUCGCUCGGAACUGAAGGAAGCCGAAGAUGCAAGGACCUGUGUGAGCGCAGAUCAAUUGGUGCUGGCCACGCAGCUCAAAGAAGUGCAGGAGGAGCUCUCCCUCCAAGCGCGAAAGUUCCAACGUGAGGUAGCCGAUCUUCAGGGUUCAAUUGACGAGCUCCAGCUGAAGCUAAAGUCCCUUCAAGAAAUAAAAGAUCAACUUGAGAUUGCGAACGGGGAGCUUAAAGUGAGCCUAGAGAAGGAGCACAAGUUGUGCGCCUCCCUUAAAGAAAAUCUGGCAGAACUCGAAGAAUCAAAAGCUCUUCUGGAGGAACAGAUGCGAGCCAAGGAGGCAGAGGAACGGACGCAGGAGCUGCGUUCCGAACUAGAAACAAAAUCUAUUGAGAGCUUGGAGUCGAUUAUAUUUGAUCUGCAAGUGAACAAACGACAGCUGGAGGAAAAGCUUAGCAUCCUUAAAGGAAAGGAUGAAGAAAAUGCCAUACUCAAAGUUCAGUUGUCAUCCAAAGAAGCUGCACUAGAAAGCCUUUUGGCAGACAAGAGCCAAAUGGAGGAAAACUUUGGUGCGCUAAAGGAGGAACUAACGAAAAAGUGCGAGGAACUGCAAUCGACUCUGAAAUGCAGGGAAACAAGUCUGCAAAAUAAAAGCAAGCAGCUGGAGCUACAUUUAACCAUUCUAAACGAGAAGGAUGAAGACAAUGCUCGACUUGAGGCUCAGUUGGCAUCCAAAGAAGCAGAACUGGCGUCAUUGCAACCAGCCGUCACUCAUUACAAAUUAGCCAUAGAAACGGCCAAUAAUAAAGUGCUCGAAGUGGGAAAGAAAUCUGAUGAACUCACAACAGAAUGCGAGAGGCUACGUUCAUCUCUGAAAUCCAAGGAAGCAUGUCUACAAAAGAAGAAAAGGAUGCUGAAAGAAAAUAUAACAAUGCUCAAACAAAAGGAUGAAGAAUGCGCUCGACUUAAGGAUCAGUUGAAAUCCCAAGGGGCAGCACUUACUUCCUUUCAGCAAGCCUUCACUAAUCUCCAAUCAGCCCUAGACGCGGCCAAUAGUAGAAGCCUCGAAAUGGAAAAGGAAGUUGACGAUCUCACAAAAGAAUGCGAGAGGCUACGAGUAACUCUGAAAUCCAGGGAAGCCAGUUACCGAACGGAGAAGGUCCGCAUGGACGGCACCAUCUCCAGUUUAUUGGAGGACAAGCGCAAUCUAGAGGAAAAGUUUUGCACGGUCAGCGAGUUCUCGACUAAGCUUGAGUCUGAACUGGCGGCUUUACAAGCUGUCAAGCUAAACGGAGGCAACUUGCUCCAUGAAUCGAGCUCUCCCACCGAAGCGCCGAGCUCUGCGUCUGCUCAUUCCUCCAAGAAAACCAAGGAUCGCUGUGGAGCAGGUGAGAGCGGGCCAAAAAAAUCCGCCACCAUUGAGUGUGCGGUUCGAAAAAAUCGACGGAUGACGGCGUACGAUGAGCACAGGAAGCAAUCUUUUUGGAUCGACUCUGAGGAUCGCGGAACUAUGACAGAGUCUAUGACCGGCGAUUGCAUUUGUUCGGAGCUGAACUGCAAGAACAGACUUAAUCUGAACUCGAGGCGAUCCUAGAGAGCCCAAGCUGGGAUUUGGCAGCAUAGGCAAAAGAGCAACUGCAACUCACCCGUGCCCAAAAAAAAAUUUCAAAAAAGAUAAAAACAACUCUGGGCAUCGCCCAAUUAAGCAUGAAUGGGCUGCUGAAAUUGUUGGAAAAAAAACCAGUGGCCUUGGAAGUCCUGCCAAAAAAGUCAUGUUAGAAAUUAUUCAAGUAUUAAGUUAUUUUGUUCAGUGUUAUCUUGUCAGGGGAGAAGUUUUAUGUUUAUAAUUUCUUAUUAUUUUUAUGUUAAACGCGUACACCUUAACUAUCUGAGACGAAUUUAAAAUUUGUUCGGCAUUAGUUAGGUUAUGGAGUUUCCUUGUUCAAUCCGAAAAAGCUUAUUAUUUUGAAAACCAAAAAGGUAAACAUUGUGAAAUAAGGAAUCCUUAUUCAUAAAUUUAGUAAUUUAUUUCGUGUACAAAUCAUUAAAUUAAAACACUAUGAUUAACAUA